AUGAAACAACUCAUCCUCAGCAGAAGUCCCCAAGUGAUGAAAGCGGUCUUUUCGACACAAGUAAACGACUUUAAUUUGGGCGUACGGCGGCCAGCGUUUGGUCCGCUCUUGGGAAACGGCAUUUUCGCUUCUGAGGGACGUCAAUGGAAACACUCACGAACACUCCUCAAACCACAAUUUGCCAGAGAACAAGUGGGCCAUGUCAAAAUGCUCGAACCGCAUGUCCAGAUGCUAGCACGGCAGAUCCAGAAGAGUGGCGGCGAGAUGGUGGACAUGGAGUUGAUGUUUUAUGGGUUCACGUUGGACGCAGCCACACACUUUCUAUUUGGAGAAAGCGUAGAUGUACUAAAGGAAGAUGUCAAGCAAUGGGGAGCUGGUUUUGACCAAUCUCUAGGGUUUGUGGGGUCGUAUUUGGCGAAAAGACUGUCUCUUUUUGACUUCUACUGGAUGGCCAACUCGAGGCAGUUUAGGCAAAGUAUAAGGAGCAUUCACGACUACACAAACCGGUUUGUGGACAAGGCGUUGGCGUUGAAACCUGAGGAGAUCGAAGAGAGAUCGAAAAAGGGCUAUAUCUUCCUCUAUGAAUUGGUCAAAAGGACUCGAAACCCGGUGGAAAUCAGAGAUGAGCUUUUGAACAUUUUAAUAGCUGGAAGAGCAACCACAGCGGCUCUUCUCCUGGCUGCGUUGAUGGAACUAGCGCAGAAUCCAGAAAUCUGGAGAAAACUACGUUCUGAAGUGUUUAUGUACUUUGGAAAAGGCGAAACUCUGGAAGAAAUCGACUCUAUAACGUUCGAAUCGCUCAAAAAGUGUACUUACCUUAAAUGGGUGGUGAACGAAACGCUUCGUUUGUGGCCGCCAGUGCCCCUGAACCUUCGGGAGGCUGUAAAGGAUACGACGUUGCCUGCGGGGGGAGGUUUAAACGGAAAAGCGCCAGUUUUUAUUCCCAAAGGGACGAUUAUCGUGGUUAUGCUUUUUUGUAUUCACCGUCUGGAGGAGUUUUAUGGUCCAGAUGCCAAUGCUUUUUCUCCAGAACGCUGGGAGCGUCUUUCCAAGAUUGGCUGGGCGUUUAUGCCUUUUGGAAGUGGGCCCAGGAUUUGCUUAGGCCAGCAGUUUGCACUAACAGAGGUUCUGUACGUUUUGGUUCGGUUGGCCCAGAUGUUUGAGACGUUGGAGAGUGGAAUUGGAGAGUACCCGCCGAAAACGUUGGCCAACGCUGUGUUGAAGUUUACGGAGGGCGUGAAAGUGAAGGUGAUUGCUGAGUCUGACAAGGAGAAUGAUGGGCAUGAAUUGGAAGAAGUUGACGAAGUUAACAUCCACAUGGAUACUAACGAUCCUGAGUUCCAUGAAAAGGCCUACCCAGAGCUUCCAAAGGAAACUAACAACCUUGCAUGGAUGAAAGACCAGGGUCCUCAGAAACGAAGCACUACUUAUGAACCUCAUUGA